AUGUUUGAUCCCCGGACAAAGAAGCAGCAGCAGGAGGAUGAGGAGCAGCAGCAGCAACUGCAGCAGCAGCAGCAGCAGCAGCUAAAGGAGCUACAGCAGCAAGAAGAUCCAGUACUAAGAAUAUCUAUGGAGAGACCAACAGCAUUAAAUCUAGCAGAAGCACUUGCACCCAAGCAGCAGCAGCAGCAGCAGCAGCAUCAGCAGCAUCAGCAGCAGCAGCAGCAGCAGCAGCAGCAGCCGCUGCUGCUGCAGCGCUUAGCACAAGCAGAGCUUAAGUUGCUGCCAGCAGAAGCAGCAACAGCAGCAACACCAUGGCUCUCUCCUUAUGAUAGGCAGCAAUUCAGGAAGCAGCAGGAUAAUAUAUACCCUAGUCCCUCUCCUCCCCACCAGCAGCAGCAGCAGCAGCAGCAGCAGCAGCAGCAGCAGCAGCAGCAGCAGCAGCAGCAAGAAGAGGACGAGAGAGGCCCAUACUUUACAGAGGAUAACAUCAGAGAAUUUCAUAGAUAUAAUCCUUAUUGGGAUCCAGCUACAGGCUCUUCCUUCUGUGCCAUUUGGUUGGCGUGUCUAUGCAUGUCUAGCCUUACUAAAACUGCCAUUCUUGCUGCAGCAGCAGCAGCAGCAGCAGCAGCAGCAGCAGCAGCAGCAGCAUGA